AUGGGGCAAGGCUCUCCCACACUGUUGUGCGAUCGGUCCAAAACAGAUGAGGAAUACAAAUCUUCCCUGUUGGCAGUCCUUGCAGCGGCUGGGAUAUGUGCCGUAGCUAAGCAGCCAUCCAAGCGGGCGAGAAAAGACUUGCCAUUUGCGCGGCCUUCGCAGCGGGGAAGCUUAUCCAGUGCGCUGAAUGCCGCGUUGCCUGAAAACCAGGAAGAUGCUUUGGCAGAACUUUUCGAGGACAUCUGGGCACGCAGCAACUUGGCGUCGGGAGACGCCCGAUGGCGAACGUGGACAAGACUCUGUAGGGCCUGGAGAGUUGAUGCCCUGCCUCUCACUCGAGAUGUUGUUGAGAAAGUUUCUGCUUCAUUGAAACGUGGUGGUUAUCGCAGUGCGCGGCAAUAUUUUUCGCAAGCUCGUCGUCAGCAUGUGCUGCACACAGGGAAACAAGUUCCUGCCGACGUGGAGUUGUGCAUGCGCGACAUGACCAGAAGUCUCGAGCGUGGCCUGGGCGGCCCUGCUCUGAAAGAUGCGUUUCGCCUGGAGUCGCUCGAGCUCCCUCACCCAGAAGAAGAUGUGCCUGUCAGCGCGCGGACGCAGACUACUGUGGUGGUGCUUGGCUGUUGGUUCCUUCUUAGAGAAAUCGAAGUUGCGGCUCUGAAGGUGAAGUACUUUGUGGUUGACGAGAAGUCGCAGACUGUGAGUUUAACGUUGCAGUCCAGCAAAACUGACACGCAGGGUGACUUGGUGAUGCGAUGCCAUGCGUGCUAUUGUCAGGUCAUGCCGGCCAACUUGUGCCCUUUCCAUGUCGCAAAGGCCUUCGUCAGCCUGCUCCCGCAAGAUCCAGAGGCGCCCGCGUUCUCCAACAGCGAGGGCAGCGUCCUGUCCAAGGAAGAGUCAGUGCAGAUGAUUCGGGACGUGCUAGCUAACAGUGACGUCGAACUCACUCGUGCAGGCAUGGCAGGAGAAGUGCAACGCUUUGGUGGUCAUUGUCUUCGUGUAAGUGGAGCUCAGUUCUUGUCUCGCUGCAGCAUCCCCCUCUCCACAAUCAUGUUGCUCGGACGAUGGGGUUCUCGAAGUGUUGAAAGAUACGUCCAAGAAGCAGCCUUGGAGAGCUUUGUAGUGACCGCACCGCGCGGAAUUGGUGCUGGACAACCAGGUAGCCAGUCGCUGUCUGAAGAAUCGCAGCUUGAUCAUGGCAUGGCCACAUCCUCGGAGAUGCCUUCGACGCCGGCGCCUUCAACUGAUACAAGAAUCGGUGAGGACGUGGAAGAGCAAAUCGAGAGAGCCAACAAGCAGCUACAAGAACUGUCGUUGAAAGUGGAGCAACUCCAGCAACGCCCGGAGCUUGUGAUUGGCAAGAAAGCCCAUGCAAGAGAUCAGAACGAGCUCACGCUGCUGCCCCGUAUGUGGAAGGCUCGCUGUGGCUGGCCAUAUGGCGGAGCGACUUUCCGCCGAGCAGGUCUGGACACGCAAGUUCAGAGAUGUAAGAAAUGCUUCCCUAGCAGCUCGUGCCAAGAGCCAGAGUCAAUGCCUGACUCUAAUACAGACUCGGAUACAGAAGAGUCAUCGAGUCGCUCCAGCAGUGAGUGCUCUUCGGGCAAGCAGCCUGGCAAGUGA